CCUCCCGCUCUGCCGCCUUCCCACCCUUCAGCCCCGCGCCUCCCGGGGCGCCCGACCGCUCAGCGAUGAAUCCAGUGCUGGGCAACCAGACCGAUGUGGCGGGCCUGUUCCUGGCCAACAGCAGCGAGGCGCUGGAGCGCGCCCUGCGCUGCUGCACCCAGGCGUCCGUGGUGACCGACGACGGCUUCGCCGAGGGCGGCCCGGAUGAGCGCAGCCUGUACAUCAUGCGCGUGGUGCAGAUCGCGGUGAUGUGCGUGCUCUCGCUCACGGUGGUCUUCGGCAUCUUCUUCCUCGGCUGCAACCUGCUCAUCAAGUCGGAGGGCAUGAUCAACUUUCUGGUGAAGGACCGGAGACCGUCCAAAGAGGUCGAGGCGGUGGUCGUGGGGCCCUACUGACCGGCCCUCCGAGUCCCGCGGGAGCCCCCCCACCGCCCCUACUGCGCCAGUCCCUCUGCGCCCCUCACCAUCAGAAAUCAGCCAAGGCAAACCUGUCGGAGCCAAUUAUUUCUCUGGACUUCUCCUAUUUUAGUAUACAUGCUGCCUAAGCGAGCACUCUGGACUUCUCCUUUCCGGACAAAGCGCACCGUUCUCGCUGGCCCUCCGAAAGUCCCCAUGCCUGGCUGUAGGAGGGGAGCGCUCUGACUUCCGGACUCAGCAGCAGGUGGCAAAAGAGGGCGUUUAGGGCGCAGAACUUUGGAAGCUGCUACUUGCGUGGGAUUCGGGGAGACGGACGAGGCGAAGGCCCUUCACCUGCAGGUUGGCCAAGCCCUGGGGGCAGCUGGAGAGGGCGGGCGGGGGAGAGGCCCAGCGGUGCAGAUCGCCUGGUGACCAGAACAGUGACCUGUUUAUACGUCUCGCAACAAACCUAAUGGGGACACACAAAUCCGUGGGCAGAUUCACGCCCACUCCUUUCCGCUCUCCCCAGCCCGGGAGGGGAGCGCUGACACCUUUGAUUGAUUGUAACGUGCCGUUUUAAGGAAUUUUGUGUUAGUUUGCUUGAGUACAAAUAUUUGAUAAGUUUUUUCUGCCCUUGUGGCCUGUUUGCCUGCCUGGGGGUUAGAGUUUCGUCACUGUGGGAGAAGGGGUGGGGGGAGGGGGAGCCUGCGAAUGUGAAUGGGGUGAAAUUGUUUCUUUUAGUGAAUUUCCAACUGAGUCUUUUGGGGCUCCAGCUAACCCGGGGCCAAAGACUCAGAAUAGAACUCCCGUAGCUCGUGACUGCACGGUUUACUCCACAAAAGUGCUCUUGAUAUCCGUGACACCGUUUUGACAGUUUUGACUUUUUUUCUUAUUUAACAUUUCCUUAAUAAAUGUAACAUUUAAGUGU